AUGAAUACCACAACACAGUUUUUCCAUCGGUUUAAAGUCGGACGAGCAAACUGGCCACUCCACAUCAUCAGUCCCUUAUCACCAAUCAUCCGACUGCUUCAAACGUCCUGGGGGUCAGGGGUCGGGGCCGGGACCAGGGCAGAAGAAACAGAGAACCUCCUCCAGGAUGAUCUGUUGGCGGUGGCUCUCAGGGUUCCUCUAUUGCUAUUUUUCUUAAUUUCUCCUAAUUUCUAUUUCUUUCAUUCAUUCUUUUUCCUUUUCUUUCUUUCUUUCUUUCUUUCUUUCAAUUCCUUUUUUCUUUCUUUUUUUGUUUUUCUUUCCAUUUCUUUAUUUCUAUGUCUUCUUUCUUUCUUUUUUCUUUAUUUUUCAAUUUCUCCUUUCUUUGUAUUUCUUUCUCUUCUUUCUUUCUUUCCAUUUCAUUCUUUUCAUUUCUUUCUCUUUCGUCCUUUCUUUCCAAUUCUUUAUUUCUAUAUAUUCUUUCUUUCUUUCAUUCCUUCUAAAUUUCUUCCUAUUUUUCUUCCUUCUUUUUUCUUUUUCUUUCCAUUUCUUUAUUUCUAUGUCUUCUUUCUUUCUUUCUUUCUUUCUUUCUAUUUUUUCUUUGUUCUUCAAUUUCUCUUUUCUUUGUAUUUCUUUCUCUUCUUUCUUUCUUUCUUUCUUUCUAUUUCAUUCUUUUCAUUUCUUUCUCUUUCUUCCUUCUACCUUUCUUUCCUUUUCUUUAUUUCUAUCUAUUCUUUCUUUCUUUCAUUCCUUCUAAAUUUCUUCCUAUUUUUCUUCCUUUCUUUUUUCUUUUUCUUUCCAUUUCUUUAUUUCUAUGUCUUCUUUCUUUCUUUCUUUCUUUCUUUCUUUCUUUCUUUCUUUCUUUCUUUGUAUUUCUUCUUUAUUUUUCAAUUUCUUCUUUCUUUGUAUUUCUUUCUCUUCUUUCUUGGGUAUUUCCUCUUCUUUCUUCUUCUCCUCUUCCUUCUUUUUUUUUUCUUCUUCUUCUUGUCUUCCUUCUUCUUUUUCUUCUUCUUCUUCUUCUUCUUCUUAUUAUUAUUAUUAGAAGUAGUAGUUGUAGUAAGAUUCUCAUAUUCAAUUAUUAUUAUUAUUAUUAUUUGUUGUUGUUGUCGCAGUAGUAUUUCCUGUCUGUUCUUCUCUUUCCUUCUUGCUCUGCUCCUAAUGAUUAGUAAUAGCAAUGAUAGUAGUAAAAGUAUUAAUAAGAUAUUUAGAAAAGAAAAACUUGGGAAAGUUAUCUCUCUAUCUAUCUAUCUAUCUAUCUAUCUAUCUAUCUAUGUAUCAAUUUCAUUCCAUUCAUAUCUAUGUAUUUCAGUGUGUUCAUAUCUAUCUACCUACAUAUCUCCGCAUUCUGUUUCUAUCUAUCUAUCUAUCUAUCUAUCUAUCUAUCUAUCCAUCUAUCUAUCUAUUUCAAUCAACGCAUUAAAAAUUAUCAAUGAUCAUUUUCAAUAUUUAUUUUCGAAGCACGUAGACCUUUCGGGGAGAAUCAAGCAGAAUUUGGCAGGUAGAACAAUUUGUGAGACUUACAGGGACAUGCAAAAGUAUCUAUCUAUCUAUCUAUCUAUCUAUCUAUCUAUCUAUCUAUCUAUCUAUCUAUGCAUUCCAGUCUGUUCAUAUCUAUCUAUCUAUUUAUCUAAGUUGGCCUGCUCACAUCUAUCUUUCUACUUUUCGCUCUCUCAGUCUCUUCACAUCUAUCUAUCUAUCUUUUUUUACAAUCUUCUGUCCACAUCUAUCUAUCUAUCUAUCUCAAGCUGUAAAAAGCUAUUUAUUUUUUUCUAUCUAUCUAUCUAUCUAUCUAUCUAUCUAUCUAUCUAUCUAUCUAAGGUAGCCUGUUCAUCUAUCAUCGUAUUUUCACUUUCUCCUCUCUCAGUCUCUUCAUCUAUCUAUCUAUCUAUCAUCUCAUCUAUCUAUCUAUCUAUCUAUCUAUCUAUUCAUAUCUUGGCCUGUUCUCUAUCUAUCUAUCUAUCUAUCAUAUCUAUCUUAGCCUGUUCACAUCUAUCUAUCUAUCUAUCUAUCUAUCUAUCUUCUAUCUAUCUAUCUAUCUUAUUGGUCACUCAUCUAUCUAUCUAUCUAUCUAUCUAUCUAUCUAUCUAUCUAUCUAUCUUAUUCUGCUCAUCUUUGUCUAUAUAA